CAAAGGUGAAUUCCCUGACGUCAUACAGGAAGUGGACACAGGGAAAAAAAAUUCUUGUCAACUGUUGCUUGAACAAUACGGUCAUUCAUUUCACGGAAAAGAGCCGGACAGCAGAGAUGUGCACGUUUGAUAAAGACAAAGGGCCCAGGAGGCUGAUGAAAAAGGGAUUAACACUAAUCCUAGUUGGCCAUAUCAACUUCAUUCUUGGAGCUAUUGUCCAUGGCAGUGUCCUCCGCCACAUUUCCAAACCCAGCCAUCACAUCUCCACCGAAUACACUGUAGCCAACAUCAUCUCUGUUACUUCUGGCCUUCUGAGCAUUGCCACUGGGAUUAUCGCCAUUGUGGUGUCAAGGAACCUUCCUCUGCUAAGGCUCCAAAUAGGACUUCUAAUUGCGUCCUUCCUGAAUGUCCUGCUCUCAGCAGCAUGCUGCAUUGGGCUCCUCUUGGCCAUAAGUAUCACUGUGGCCCACAAUGGGGAAGGUCUGUUGGUGGGAUGCAAUAUCACAGAUGUGCCCCUCAAUGCUCGGUCUCCUGUCAGUGCCAGGUGCCCGUUUGAUACCACACGAAUCUAUGACACCACCCUGGCACUGUGGAUCCCUUGUGCAGUCUUAUCAGCUGUUGAGAUUGGAUUGUCGAUCUGGUGCUUCAUUGUUGGAUUGGCUCUCAGAGGGCUGGCACCUUGCGGGAACAGCUACAUCAAAGAGCAGUUGGAGGCAGAAGCUGAGUGCGCCCCCCAAGGCCGACGCCUGAUUGGAAAGCACUUGAACUCUGACCCCUAACUGAACAAAAAGCAGUAAGGACUCCCCUCUGUUGUUAAGCGGAGCUAAAUCACAAAAGGCAUUGCUGCACCUUUCCCCAAAGUCAGCUAGGUGAGUUUCACAGUAGAACCGCAGUGAAUUCAUUUUUGGGAAAGUGGUUCUUGCUUUGCGGUGUUCAAGGAUGGGUGACCACAUGGCUCCCUUGUUUUCAUUUUUUUUUAAACAAACUUUAGUCUGUAUGUCAAAAAUUGAAGAAUAAAGUUUGGUCAAUGUCGACAUUUGUCCCUCAUGAAACUAAUGGUAAGUUAAUCUACAUUGGAACACAAACAAUAGAAACAUUUUUUUUUUUAAACACGAUGUACAUUUUAGUAGAGGUAGUCCAAAUGGCAGAUCCUUUUGUGUGGAUAUUGUGAUUUAAUGAACCUAUGCCUUAUGUGUGGGGAAGCUUAAAUUAGAUUUAAAUCUUGUCUAAUUAGUAUGUAUCUAUGACUAUAUAGGUUCAAUAGUGCCAUAUGUUGUUUCUUUCACCAUUACAAAAUUGUUAAGAAACCCAUUUUAUUAUCCAGCAAAAAUGUUUCUCAAUAAUUUGAUUGAAUGAAGGUAUAUUUUAGCUUUUUUAAAUUUAAAUUUAAAAAUUAUGUUGAAUCUGAGUUUAGUUCGUCUAUAAAUAACGAGCAAGUUGUGUUCAUGUCCUGUAAGUUGAAUUUUUCGUUUGCCUUAAAAUGGAGAAUUAAGUUAAUUCUAUGCAAAUACAGUAAAUUGAAUGGCAUAUGCUAAAUUGUAAGGUCAUUUAUAUUGUAUGCAUUGCUGUGGAUAUAUUUUACAGCUAAACCAGUUAAACACACUGCCUUUUGAAUUGUAUAUAACAAUGCUUCAGAAAGAAAAUGCUUAAUGUGAAGCCGGGCCCAUGAACUCCUCUAUAUACUGUACACCGCCAUACUGUGGCUGAAUGUCAAGUGGGGUCCUAUUAAGAGGUUAAGUCAGUAUCUGGGCCAGCCGUCUCCACUGCCAAAGACCCCCCACAAGGCAGCGGCAGAGAAGAUCCGAUCAGCAUUGAAACGGUUAAUCUAAUGCCAUGCUCAAUUGUGUGGAAUGGAAUCAUAGCACGCACUACUAAUCCUCAGGCUCUGAGGGAUAAAUAUUGACGUCGUGCUGACUGACACAAUCCCAACAAAUCUGUUUUGCCAUUUCAGUACUCUCAUAAAAUGUAUAUUUGAAAUUACAAUGUUAAUAUGUUGUAAGAUUUAUGAUGGAAGAAUUAACUGAAUUGAAGUAAAGUCCUAUGUUGUGGUAU